AUGAAACUACGGCAGCAUAAUUUAAUACGAAACAACUUAGAUCGUGUUUUUGAUCUCGUAUUCUCCAGCGACUCAGUUAUAAAGGAUGGCGCCGUCUCUUUAGCUGUUGAGGAAGUUGUACCAAUUGAUCCUUAUCACCCACCUCUUUGCUUCACUGUUCUUUGUGAGCCUACUGUUUCUUUCCACCAAGAUAUCGAUCUAACUGAACGUGACUUUCGUCGUGGCGACUACGACACUCUAAACGAAUUGCUGUCCGAGGUUGAUUGGUCUGAGGUGAUUCAAAAUUCUGACGUUGACUGUGCAGUUAGCUGUUUCAAUCGUACUAUUCAGAAUUGCAUCGUUCAAGCUGUACCGCUAAAAAGGCCGCCGAAAAACCCUGUAUGGUCCAACAAGCACCUUCGCAUCCUGCGUCGACGGCGCUCCAACUUGCUGAAACAGUAUUGCCAGCAUAGAAGCUUGUAUGCGAAGCGACAAUUUGACGAGGCGAGUCGAACCUACCGUGGUUAUAACCGUUUCCUAUACAAAAGGUACGUGAGGCGAAGAGAGGAGGAUCUCCGGCGAAACCCUAAACGUUUUUGGAGCUUUGUAAACUCGAAGCGUAAAGAGAAUGGUCUUCCUAUUCUGAUGCACCUAGGGAAUGUUAAUGCCGCUUCUACGGAAACCAAAUGUGCUCUUUUUUCUCAACAAUUUGCUAGCUUGUUUGAAAACCGGGUGCCCACUGCGGAGGAAAUAGACAUCGCUGUCAGUCUAGUACCAAGAGACGUGAUAGAUUUCGACGUAUUUAAUAUUAACGCUACGAUGGUUGGAGCUGCAUUACAGAAACUGAAGCAGUCCUAUAAGCCAGGCCCCGAUGGUAUUCCCUCUUGCAUCUUCAAAAAGUGCAGCGCUUCUCUGACUGCUCCCCUCCAGGCGAUUUUCAAUAGAUCACUUCAACAUCAAGUAUUCCCAUCGGAAUUGAAGAUUUCCCAUAUGCUGCCGGUGCACAAGAAAGGCGAAAAGUCCGACAUCGCUAAUUAUCGUGGCAUAACCUCUUUAUCAGCUGGAUCAAAAUGCUUCGAGAUCAUCAUGAAAGAUAUGCUAUUCAGCUCUUGUAGGAGUUAUAUCAGCAUUGCUCAACAUGGAUUCUACCCUAAACGCUCCGUGGACACUAAUCUGUGCGAGUUCACAUCAUUUUGUAUCGGUGCAAUGGAUGGUGGAGCUCAGGUUGAUGCAGUAUACACCGACAUCAAAGCCGCAUUUGACACCCUGGCUUCGCUCAUACCUGAGCAACAGACAGCUCUUCGUGAAAAUUGGAUCAACAGUAUCUGA